CCCAGGACCGCGACCCGCUGAGGCUCCGCCCCGUGAGUCCUGCUCCACCGGCCGCCCGCCCGGCCCGGUGGGCGCGGGGCCGCCUCUCCAGGCUGGCAGCGGUGACUCGGUGACCUUGAACCUAGAGCCCGAGAGGGGUACUCACUGACCCCAUAGAGGCGCAGACUUUGCCCAGCGCGAGGGGCGGAGCGGACCUUGUGUCCGCACACAGUCUGGGACGAUGUUGGCCUUUGCUGCCAGGACCGUGCCCGGGCAGAUGGCUACCUCUUGCUAAUUUCUGCUCGUCCAGUUGGUAGUGCAGUUAGGCUUAGAGAUCCAGCCAAGGCAGACAGACAGGGCUCACAUCCUCAGUCCUGCCAUGGAGGACGAGCAGCAGAGAGAGAAGGUGAAGCCCCUGGGCCUCCUCAAGCCCUCCUCCCUGAUGAAGGUUUCUGGUCGCUUCAAGGCCCACCAGGAUGCACUGCCGAGACUGCCCGUGCCCCCACUGCAGCAGUCUCUGGACCAUUACCUCAAGGCUCUGCAGCCCAUCGUGAGUGAGGAAGAGUGGGCCCACACCAAGCAACUGGUGGACGAAUUUCAGACCUCAGGGGGUGUAGGGGAACGCCUGCAGAAGGGACUGGAGCGCAGGGCCAAGAAAAUGGAGAACUGGCUGUCUGACUGGUGGCUCAAGACAGCCUAUCUCCAGUACCGCCAGCCCGUGGUCAUCUGCUCCAGCCCAGGAGUGAUGCUGCCCAAGCAGGACUUCGUGGAUCUGCAGGGGCAGCUCCGGUUCGCUGCCAAACUCAUCGAGGGUGUGCUGGAUUUCAAGUCCAUGAUUGACAACGAGACCCUGCCCACCGAGUUCCUGGGGGGAAAGCCGCUGUGCAUGAACCAGUACUAUCAGAUCCUGUCCUCCUGCCGUGUGCCGGGCCCCAAGCAGGACUCUGUGGUGAAUUUCUUAAAGACGAAGAAGCCACCCAUGCACAUAACCGUGGUGCACAACUACCAGUUCUUCGAGCUGGACGUGUACCACAGUGACGGGACGCCCCUCACCUCGGAUCAGAUCUUUGUGCAGCUGGAGAAAAUUUGGAACUCGUCACUGCAAACCAACAAAGAGCCUGUUGGCAUCCUCACCUCUAACCACCGCAACACCUGGGCCAAGGCCUACAACACCCUCAUCAAAGACAAAGUAAACCGGGAGUCGGUGAACUCCAUUCAGAAGAGCAUCUUCACUGUGUGCCUGGACAAGCCAGUGCCCAGAGUCUCAGACGAUGUCUACCGCAACCACGUAGCAGGCCAGAUGCUGCAUGGUGGUGGCAGCAAGCUCAACAGUGGCAACCGCUGGUUCGAUAAGACACUGCAGUUCAUUGUGGCAGAAGAUGGAUCCUGUGGGAUGGUUUAUGAGCAUGCAGCUGCAGAAGGGCCCCCCAUUGUCGCUCUUGUGGACCAUGUCAUUGAGUACACAAAAAAGCCUGAGCUUGUGCGGUCUCCUAUGGUGCCCCUGCCGAUGCCCAAGAAGCUGCGGUUCAACAUAACCCCUGAGAUCAAGAACGACAUCGAGAAAGCCAAGCAGAACAUCAGCAUCAUGAUCCAGGACCUGGACAUCACCGUACUGGUGUUCCAUCACUUUGGGAAGGACUUCCCCAAGUCAGAGAAGCUAAGCCCUGAUGCUUUCAUCCAGAUAGCCCUGCAGCUGGCAUACUACAGGAUCUAUGGACAGGCAUGUGCCACAUAUGAAAGUGCCUCUCUGCGUAUGUUCCACCUGGGCCGCACUGACACCAUCCGCUCAGCCUCCACGGACUCACUGGCCUUUGUCAAAAGCAUGGAUGACACCAAUGUGCCGGAGCAGCAGAAGGUGGAGCUGCUUCGGAAGGCUGUGCAGGCCCACCGAGCCUACACUGACCGAGCAAUCCGAGGGGAGGCCUUUGACCGGCACCUCCUGGGUCUGAAGCUGCAAGCCAUUGAGGACCUCGUGAGCAUGCCUGACAUCUUCAUGGAUACCUCCUAUGCCAUUGCUAUGCACUUCAACCUUUCUACCAGCCAGGUGCCUGCCAAGACAGACUGCGUCAUGUUCUUCGGCCCUGUGGUCCCAGAUGGAUAUGGCAUCUGCUAUAACCCCAUGGAGGCCCAUAUAAACUUUUCCGUAUCGGCCUACAACAGUUGUGCUGAGACGAACGCUGCCCGCAUGGCUCACUACUUGGAGAAAGCUCUGCUGGACAUGCGUAGCCUACUACAGAACCACCCCAGGGCCAAACUCUGAGCCCAGGCCAAGGCCUGCCAGUACUACAACCACGCCUUCUUUGGGAUGGACACCUGCCAUGGCUCAGUUCCUUGGUUCCUGUGCCCUCCAAUUUGACUGAGCCAGGGAAAAUCUCUAGCAGGGCCCCAAAGUCCAAGCCAAGUGCCUUCCAGGUCCUGUCCUCAGCAUCUGUCAUAGUCCAAGUGCCAUGGCUGAGUUCAGCUCACCACCAUGAGCCCCAGGGAAGGGAACCAGGCUAGCCCAUCUCUUCUCAGAGCUGGGGCUGUGAAGAGCCCCUUUCCUCAGCCCUGGCCAGUCACUACCAUCUCCACAGCCAAGCUGAAAUCUGUCACCUAUGAACGCCCAAGGACUCAGAGAACUAUCUAGCACUGAGGGCUCUCAGCCCCCUGAGGCCUCGCCUCCAUUACCCACCUCGAGGUGCCAUCUCCCAGUUGCUGUGCUCUUUCUGGUGACUCCUGCCCCAGCCUUCUUGCUUCCAUUCAGCUUGUCCAGAACUACAUUCAUGGCUGCAUAUGUGAAUAUUCCAGGUGAUCAAUAAAGAGAAGCGCUGGUGAA